AUGCGACUUGCGCUCGGGGCCAAGUCGUUCUUCGCCAACCCACCGCCCGCCACCUCGGCCUCGCACACCACGCCGACGCUGGUCGUCCUCUCGCGGUUCCACUCGCUCGCCCCGCUGCGCCACCCGCACCUCGCGGCGCUGCUCUCGCUCGCCCGCGGCCGACAUGAACGGCUGACUCUUGUCUCUGAGUAUGCCACGUCCACCCUGGAUGGAUGCCUGGAGGCGUACGCGGGCGAUGCGGCAAAGUGCGCCUGUGCCUGUGUCCAACUUAUUGAUGCACUGGCUUGUCUCGAGGCGCGGGGUGUGGCCGGCAUCAAUCUCGCUCCACGCGCCGUCCUCACACUCGGAGACUCGGUGCUCAAGAUCGCCGACUAUGCCAUGGCCCAUAUCACCGAUAAUGGCGCGCUCGUCGACUUUGAUGUCGUUGACCCGCGGCUUGCCCCGCCCGAAGGCCUAGACGUGAUCUCGCCAAAGGCGGACGUUUGGGCGCUCGGCCUUGUUCUCGCUGCGCUUUGGCUCGGCACUGAGUGGCAGCUGAGUCUCAGUGAUGAGGCCGAGCCGGUCGAGGCGCAAAUAGCUACCCUCAUAGAGCCAAUGCCGCCGCUGAUGGCGAGUUUUGUGGCGCUGGCGCUGGCGGUCGACGUCGAGGCACGGCCGCUCGCCUCGGAGCUGCUGUCGCACCCGUGGCUGGCCGGUGGGACCAAUCCGAGCGGCGGAUGGAUUUGGGCUCCUCAGCCUGUCGUGCGCUCGCUCCACCUCCCGCCGCUCGACGAGGUGCUCGAUGACGCGUCGCUCGACGACAUCCUCGCAUACUUUCCCAUCGAGCACGCAAGCGUCACAGCCGACGCGCCGGCGUCUAAGCUUCCAUCGAUCGCGCGUGUGCCUCGGAUUGUGCGUCUCGCGGCGACGCCGAGCACAGCCCGGGUGGCGUCGGCGGCGGCGGCGGCGUACUCGGCCGAGCUCCACAUCAUCGAACUUGACGGCCUUGCGCGCCGGCUCACCGAAGGUCUGGCGCGAUUCAAGGCGUCGUGCGAGACCCAGGCCGAGAACGGCGAGACCUACAUGUUCGGCUCGCCGUAUCUCGCCGCGUCAGCCAUGCUUGUGCAGGCCGACGACGGGUCCGCCUUUGAGCCUGCCGCCGUCCCGCUCGUCAUCCGAGAAGCCGACCUCGACUACCAGCUCGCGCGCAUCUUUGUCUUUACUCGCAUUCUCCGCGACAUGCCGCACUCGCGGGUGGAACUCCUUGCCGAGGCGCGCAUCGACGUUCCGCCGCUGCUCCGCGGCGAGAUCUGGGCCGCCAUUCUCGGCCUCGGCGCGCCGCACGCCGUUGCAGCUCACUAUCACAGCGUCGACAAGGUCUCGCCGCACGUGUCGGACCACCAGAUUGCGUACGACGACAUGCUUGCCACGCCGCUUGGACACGCCAAGCUCACCCGGGUCAUCAAGCGGUGGACAGCCGGCCACUCGGUCAUGGUCUACUGGCAGGGCCUUGACUCGGUCGCGGCUCCGUUUGUGCGGCUCCUUUUCCACGACGAAGCCCUCGCUUACGGCUGCCUCGAGGCAGUCAUCAACAAGCACCUCGCCGACUUUUUCGUCGAAGACAACUCGGUCAUCAUGCGCAAGAGCCUUGCCGCGUUCUCCGCGCUGAUGGCGUUCCACUUUCCGCGUGUCGCCGCUCACCUCCUCACCAUGGACUUUCGGCCCGAGCUCUACGCCAUUCCCUGGUUUCUCACCCUCUUUGCGCACGUCUUUCCCAUCGACUCGCUGGUUGUUCUCUGGGACACCCUCCUCCUCGGCCACACCUCGCUCAAGUUCUUUGUGGCGCUUGCGCUUGUCGAGCAAAUGCAAUCACUCCUCGUCUCGGCCGACUUUUCGGUCUGCAUCCUUGCCUUUUCCGAGCUGCCCAACGUUGACUUUGAGCUCGCAGUAACGGCUGCCAAGCGGCUUUUUGCCGCCACUCCGCCGUCGAUCCGCAAGCUUCAGCUCUCGCCUGUCGCGCAUCUGGACGAUCCAGUCGAACCCGAGUGGUCGCCGCGCAUUGCGCCUGCUGAUGUCCUCGCUGCGCUGCGCGCGAGUCCGCGCCGCGCCUGCGUUCUCGACAUUCGCCUUCGUGAGCACAUAGUCCGCGACGGCGGCACCCUCCAGUCGGCCGUCGUCAUUCCGUAUCCCGAGGUCGAGGUCGAGCCGUCGCGGCUCCUCGACGAGCUUCCACCCACCGUCGACGGGCAGGGCGUCCGGAUCGUGGCCAUUGUGGCGUCGGCUCCGGAUCACGCCACCAACGUUGCGCAGGCGCUUGUAGCUGCCGGUCUCGCCCAUGUUGCCAUUGUUGACGGCGGCUGGGAGGCGCUCGCAGCGCAGCGCAAGGCGCGGUCCGCGCAAGCGUAGCUGCUUCUACAAGGCAACUUCCGUAAAGUGUAUGGCG